AUGGACCUUUCGCGCUUGGCAGAGAUCGAGAGGUGCGCGCUUGCGUUGGCCAGUGCCGCCAAAAGCCUGGCCGACUACUACAGCCGGCAGGCCCCCGACACGAACGCGGACGCACACGCACACGCACAUCCGAGAAGUGCGAGCAAAAGCCCGAGCAUGGACACGUCGAGCGGUUUCUUGUUUGUUGCCCCCACGGCUCCUGAGACCGUUCACCGGGCUAGGCGGGUGGUCCUCGGCAACGCGACCAAAUUGCAAAGCUUGGUCAGACAACCAAAGGAAUUCCUUCAACAACUUGCCAACCAGACCCAGUUGCUCGCCUGUCUUCAUUGGCUCGGAGAGUUUCAGGUCCUGGCCUGCAUUCCACUCAAGGGCAGUGUGCCGGUUCAAGAUGUUGCCGCCCUGACGGGCGUGCCCGAGUCAGUGCUCCUCCGCAUCGUUCGCAUGGCGAGCACGGCGGGGUUCCUGUGUGAGCCGCCGGAACAUCCCCGUCAUGUGGCGCACACCUCGCUGUCGGCGGAUUUCGUCACUGAACCCCUUCUUGCCGAUGCCGCCUCGUUCUUAGCCGGCACUUUGGCCCCCGCUGCACUCAACAUGGCCGCCACCACGCGCCGGCACGGCAAGCCGGGGGGCCCAGAGCAGAGUGCCUUCUCCUUGAUCUCCCAGACGCAGAACAGUCCCGUUCCAUUGGCCUUCUCGGUGGCUUGCGAACAGCAGCCCAGGUUGCAGCGUCAGUGGGCGGCAUAUCGCCGCUCGUCGGCAGAGACGCAUGAGAGCGGCGUGGCUGAGGCGCUCUCCCGUCUGGACUGGAGCGGAUGGAGCAGUGCUUGCAUUGUAGAGGCCCUCGGACCCCUUCACAGAAACAACCGGUACACGUACGAGCCUUGCCCAUCCACUAUGGCACGGCAUCUCGCAGCGCGAUACGGCAGUCAAGUGGAGAUUACCAUCCAGUUCUUGCGCGGACCACCAUCGGAUUCAUCGGCCUCACAUGCCCAAACAGUCCCCUCGCCGCCUUCACCACCUCUCCCGGGCGCUAUCCUGCAGAAUCGUUCUGCCGGGCAGCCCCAGAACGUCCGGCAUGCAGCCUUGUACGUGCUACACUGGCAAGACUGGGCAUACCUCUUGCCUCCGCCUCCUUCGGCCGGCUCCAACGUGGGGGCGGCGCUCAAGUCGGAGUUAACAGCUGAGUUACAAGCGCACUUGAGCAUCAUGCGCGAGAAUCGUACCGCGACGCUCGUCGUCGCCAUGCGGCUACUGCCCGAUGAUGUGGAUAAUAGCGUGGACCGGGACACCAGCGUCGAGGCAGUGGCCCGCGCAUGUGACUUGGCUCUGCUGCAGCUCGCUAACAGUGCGAUGCUGCAUGUGGGCGAUGUGGUUGAUCUCAUACAAAGCGUAGAGGGUGGUGGAGGCAGGCUGGUGGUUGUUAGUCGAGCAAAGGCCGGGGCUACCAACGAGGUUGUAGCAUUAGGCGUUAAGUUUCAACCGGUUUGA